CAGAUGUAAGGGAGUGAACGGACUUUACUUGGUUAGCAAACACCACGUUUUAACGGGCGAAAAUUUUAAAUGGGGAAGCCAUGACAGCCGUAAAUAGCGUGAUCCUGUUGCUCUUUACCACCUAUUGGUAUAACUUUGGUUCUUGCGAAAGCUUAGGAAUAGCGGAAUGCUGCAAGAGCUGUGUUGCAAAGAUUUCAGACAAGCAACUUUGCAGUGCAACGUGUACCCAGUUGAUUCCGGUAAAUUCUUCCCAGGCAAGCAACAUCACAACAGUACCACCAGUUCCAGAUGCUCCCAUUUUGCUUUCGUCCGGUUAUUUCACUUUCACACUGGACUGGAGAAGUAACAGCCACACCAAGUAUAAUGCCACACCUGUGGUAUACGUCCUGGAGGUCACACGUCAUACAAACAUCACUGACCCAUUUAUUAUUUUACCACACAUACAGAAAUAUCAUACGACGACGAACACCACUGUUACCAUCCCAGAAGAAUUUGUUACAAAAAUAGCUAACUUCUCGUUCCGUUUAGCGGCAGUUUCAUUCUGGGGAACAUCAGAUUUCUCGACUUCAAGUCCUCUGUACCAAACAAACAGUUCCUGUCCAAAACUGAAGAGAUUUUCCCCUGGAAAUAUCACUCGGUUUUAUCCAUGCAGGAUGUUCAAUGUUCGCCUUAACUUUACGGUAGUACCGAUCCCAUUUGAAAGACCAAAAGUGUUCACCUCUUUGUACUGGGAGUUCCCACGUGAUCCCCCCUCCAAAUUUAAAGAAUCAGAUUACAUUCGUGUCGACCAACUCGAGGACAAACUAUACACAAACAGAACAACUGCUCAUGUGACUUGGAGCACUGAAAUCUGGGAAAAGAAACCUGCGUAUUUUAAGAUUUUUUUGUUAGAAUGUCUCCCACACUGCUCUCCAAUAACAGGACAUCAUAGAGACAUUGUCAAUGCAAGCUUAAACGGAACGAAUAACACGUACAAUUUCUCGUACUUCAACUUGACCAACGGCGUAGAAUAUCGUGCUCUUGUUUAUGCAUUUGACAGUAGUGGCUGCCGGUUCGAAACAGUAGCAGGGAAAAAAUUCCGUGGUAAAGUUAAACCUGUUAUACCGACAAUGGCUCCAACGACGGAGGCGACCACAAAGCCCACGACAAGCGCCACCCCCACGACAAGUGCCACUCCUACGACAAGCGCCACCCCCACGAUUGAGAGUACAGAAGAAGUCUCCACAACUGCAGCACAAAAAACGUCUCCAGGAACAGUAGCUGCCAUCACGGUGCCUAUCAUCCUUUUAGCGGUGGUGGUAUUAUUACUUGCGAUGUUUUGCUUCUACCGUAAAAAUAAGAAACCCUUCAAGGAGCAUAUGGGACUACGACGCCUCGCGAGUCCCUCCGACGACGGAGUCAGUCCACGAAGGAAUGUUGGCGAUGUUCCGUCAAGUCCGUAUGAUAACGGCAGUUUCGACCCUGUUGUCAAUUUACCAUCUAAGUCCGAGGGAGGACUGGAAUUGAACCCAGCCUACGUGGAGCAGCGCAUUCAAGAAGCGGUGGAGACUGGUGAGGCGGACGAGUUUGAGUUUGGUUUUCAUCGGUUGGAGCUUAAACGUGUCCUUGGUAAAGGAGCCUUUGGAAAAGUUUUCCUAGCGGAAGCGUAUGGCAUUGGAGGAAGUGAAAACACAAGUGUGGUCGCCGUCAAAGUACUUAACGACAAAGCUAAUGAAGAUGAAGUGGAGGAUUUUAAGAUGGAAAUCAACUUUAUGAAGACGAUUGGUCAUCAUGAAAACGUAGUAACUAUGUUAGGAUGCUGCACUCUUUACCCUCCUUUGUGUCUCGUGGUUGAAUGUGUUCCACAUGGGGAUCUGCUACAUUAUUUGAGAGACCUCAGAAAAACGUUUGAGCAACAGUAUCGAAAGCUACAAGGAGAUAAUGGAAAAGGUCUCAAAAACGAAGAGAAACUAAGCACGUCACAAACUUCCCCGAACAGUUCAGAGUCCACCGCAGGCAGCUACUCCCAUCGUCCCCUGAUACCUUCAGCUAGUGACACGGCCAUUUCGGCUUUAGAGUUGGCAGCGUCCCAACUCGAGUUCAAUCAAACAUCACAGCCACAAGACAACCAACCAUGUUCAUCCAAGUCAAAUAUUCAUCGUCCGCCUCUUAGACACUGCAAAUCGGAGGGUAAACAACUCACAAUCGCCAACUGGAUCAAAAAAUGCGAGAAGUCUCUUGACUCAGGGGAGAAGCCCGAGUUCAACAGAUCAACAAGCUUGAAGAGCUUAAGAGCUCUGUCGGUUCUGAACACCGUCAGGAGGGCAUCAGAAAUCCCUUCGGCACAUUACGUAGCUAGAGGCCCUACAGAUGCAUCAAACAACACAGAAACAACAACAGUGGCAAUAGACUCUAAAGAAGCUUCUAGAGCUAAAGCUGCUUCUGCCAUGAGUCUCGAUGGUGCUUUGGACUCUGGUGAUCUCCAGUCCUUCGCUUAUCAGAUUGCCAAUGGAAUGGCGUAUCUAUCUGGAAGAGGAAUAGUGCACCGAGAUUUGGCAGCAAGAAAUAUUCUGGUUGGUGACGACAAAGUGCUAAAAAUCUCUGACUUUGGUCUGUCAAGGGAAGGCAUUUAUGUGAAGAGAAGCACUGGUAAAAUUCCUCUAAGGUGGCUGUCGAUAGAAGCCAUGCGCGACCGCAUUUACUCCACUGACAGCGAUAUAUGGGCAUUCGGGAUUGUACUGUGGGAAAUUUGCACCCUGGGUGGUUUUCCAUACCCAACGAUAAACGACAGAGACCUUUUAGGGUUCCUCUUGGAGGGGGAGAGGAUGGAGAAACCGACAAAUUGCACAGAUGAAAUCUACCAGAUCAUGCUCAGCUGUUGGUCACAUGAAUGUGGAGACCGGCCUUCUUUUCAGAGCUUGCAAGAGCAGUUAUUUGACAUGCAAAAAGAAGAAAAACCCUAUGUAAAUGUAGAUCCGUCCCACGAUUUUUCUCUGCCUCCGACAGCAGGUUUAGACACUGUUGGAAACCUAAUAGCUUUCAGCGACGGGACUUUUAGUGUAGACGCUGCUGACCAAUUGCUGUCUCAGACGGAUUUUUCUCCAGAUCAGUCGCAUGCCCCUCGCCACGUAUCGCCUACUAGCGAUGAAGAGAAUGCUGGCUAUGAAAGUUCAAAUGGAUCAGAGGACUUCACAGUUUCGUUUGGAGACAAAGCUGACAGUAGCCACAUUCAUCUCCCUGCUCUAUCAGGACAGCCAUUGGUCGAUGCAGAAGACAGAAAUCCUGAGUUGCUGGUUUAAUGUUAUCAUUUUUUAUCAUUGUGUCCAUUCAUUACUAUUAGGUUGUCGUUUUUAAUCAUGCCUGCUGAUUGUAUAAUUCUGUAAAUUAUCUACGGUAAGUUUUCAUAUUUAUGUCAAUGGUUCCCCAUGGCUCUGAAAUUUGGAUCCUGGCCUUUCCAUGGGAAACAAAUACUUAAGCUUCAAGCUAGAUUUUAAACAAGCAAAUUUUUUCUUUAAAAAAUUUACUUGUCUUAUAUUGUUAGUUAAGACUGAACUUUGAAGAAACAGGGAUUUCUAUAACGAAGCUCGAGACACCGGCCACCAGGCCUUAGUGCGUUAAUGUAAGAUUGAAUCGAGUUUUGCAUGGAAAUUUUUGGUGGACUUGAAUUAAACGCUGUAAACAACUGAUGACCUAAAAUAAACUAGAUGUAUUUGCAUUUAUUCUGACUCCAUCUGAAGGUAUAGUAAAACACAGACGAAGAUA